UCCUCAUUCAUAGACCCAAUAGACCCCGCUUGCACAGCAGAACAGCAUGGCCUCUCGUACAUGUGUGCAGGUCUUGGCCCGCUCCAGUUUAGCUCUUGUGAGCCACCCAGGAUCCACAAAACCCCAUCCGAGAUUUCUUCACUCUGUUCCAAAAUUGUGCAGUCAAUCCCAACAAAACGGUUCCUCUGGAUCUAAAAUGCUGGUGCACUUUGUAAAUCAGUCGGGGGUGAAGAGCAGCGUGUUUGUCACGGAGGGAGAGACUCUUCUAGAUGUUGUCAUAAAGAAGAAUCUUGACAUCAGUGGCUUUGGAGCGUGCGAGGGCACUCUGGCCUGUUCCACCUGUCACCUGAUAUUUGAGGAAAGUGUGUAUGACAAACUGGAACCAAUGGUGGACGAAGAGAUUGACAUGCUGGAUUUGGCUUACGGACUCACCAAGACAUCUCGUUUGGGCUGUCAGGUGACUGUGGAGCGUUGGAUGGAUGGAAUGACUGUUCAUGUUCCACAAGAGAUCAAUGAUCAACGAGGAAAACAAGAGGCAGUGAGCACCAAAUGAUUCACAAGCACUCACGUAAAUUACCAUGUUAACUUAACACUUAAUAUAUAGUCAGAUCUAGUUUUUCUUUCUAAAACUGAUUUUGUUGUUCUGUUUUAUUGGCAUAUGAACAUGGUACUUUACAAUUCCACAAAAUAAUAAAAUGAAAGUGACCAACCAGU